GUAUUAUGGUCUGGGCUGCGCUGGCGGCUGCCUCUGUGCUGCGUAAACAUGGAGCUCUCGGCCGUCGGGGAGCGAGUCUUCGCGGCCGAGGCCCUGCUGAAGCGCCGCAUCCGCAAAGGGCGGAUGGAAUAUCUGGUCAAAUGGAAGGGCUGGUCUCAGAAGUACAGCACUUGGGAACCCGAGGAGAACAUCCUAGAUGCCCGGCUGCUUGCAGCCUUUGAGGAGAGCUUUGGUUCUUUUAACACCUCUAGGGAGCGAGAAAUGGAGCUAUAUGGGCCCAAAAAGCGAGGUCCCAAGCCCAAAACCUUCCUGCUAAAGGCCCAGGCAAAAGCAAAAGCCAAAACCUAUGAAUUCCGCAGUGACUCUUCCCGGGGGAUCCGGGUGCCGUAUCCUGGCAGGUCCCCCCAGGAACUGGGCUCCACGUCCAGGGCUAGGGAAGGACUGAGAAACAUAGCCCUGCCCCCCCAGAGCAGCUCCAGCACCAGCACCCCCAAAGCAGAUGGCAUCCGGGACCGGGUGAUUCGUGUGGAGGAGAAACCUGGGGAGACCCCCAAAAAGAGAGGCCCGAAGCCCAGGAAGGAGCUUUACAAGGACCUGGCGGAGACUCUGGAUGCCUCCAAGAGGAAACUGGGGGACCCAGGGGACAAGAUGGGAGACUACCUGAAGGCCAGGAAGAUGGAGGAGGCAGCAGCAGGGGCGGCCAAGUUUGGUUCAGGACACAGUGUCAUCCAGCUGGCCCGGCGACAGGACCCUGACCUCCCCAGCACCCUGCCUGGCCCCAACCGAGCUGAGGUGGGCGCCAAACUGGGAGCUGCCGAGACCUACCCUCCGCGGCUGGCCAAGCACCGGGCAGACUUUCUGGACCCCAAGGGGCAGGGGGGGCUAGACCCUGGCGGGCCCAAGCUGCUGCACAGCACAGUGAACCCAGGCAGUGUGGGCAGCCUGUACCGUGAUGGUGUGGGGGGCCAGGCGGGACGACCCUCCCUCAUUGCCAGGAUCCCCGUCUCUAGGAUCCUGGGGGACCCCGAGGAGGAAUCCUGGAGCCCCUCUCUCAACAACCUGGAGAAGGUGGUGGUAACUGACGUGACCUCUAACUUUUUGACCGUCACCAUCAAGGAGAGCAGCACGGACCAAGGAUUCUUUAAAGAGAAGCGAUGAGUUUGUUGGAGAUGGUGCUGGGGUUUUCUUCACUCAGAUCCAGACAAAAGCUUGGUUAGAGCUUGGUGGGCCUUUU